CACGUUAUAAAAAAAAAAACCUCCAAAUUAUUACCAAAAAAGCAUCUGAAUCAGCCUUGAAAACUACCUUUAAGGGCCAGUUUCUCAAUGACGAAUUAACUCCAAGGUAAGCAUGUCCAGUAUGUUUAACCUGGAGUUAAUGCCUAACUUGGGGUGACUUGCUAUUAAAAAACCAGCCCUUAUUAGUAUAAAAUGACUCGAAAUUAACAUCAUUCCUUAAACAAUUAACGGUACCAUCUGGUUACUAAUUAAUUAAUUAAAACUUACCUGAUCUAAAAUAGAAAGUAGGGUUUUGGUAACAGCGGCAUUUUUCAAUGUUUCUUUCGCUUUUUGUUGGCUCAAACCCAACUUUUUUAGGGCCUCAAUUGUUUCCUCAUUUGAACCCAUCUUGCACCGCUCACCUUUAAGCUAAAAAUAAACUUUUCUCGGGUUUUUAAUAAACAAUCUUUAUCAUAUUUUCAAAAUAUUUACCAUUAAAGAACUGUCAAUUCGUUAAACUAGCCACAUGGAAAUUAAUAUUUUGUAUCUCUUUUUAGUUUAUUUUAUUAGAAAAAGACAACAAUAUAAUCGGGGUAUAUAAUUAUUGGCCGAGACAAAUAAGAGGAACGCAACUAGACCAUAACCUCAAAAAAAAAAAAAUUCAAAUAAUUUUCAAAUUCAAAAUGAUUAAAGCAGUCUUAAUAGAUUUAAGUGGUACUUUGCACAUUGAAAACCAUGCUAUUCCCGGGGCUGUUGAAGCCCUAAAAAGAUUGAUGAAGCAAAAUUUGAAAAUCAAAUUCGUAACAAAUACGACUAAAGAAAGCAAAAACACUUUGCACAAAAGGCUUCUGAGUUUAGGUUUUGAUGUGGACAAAAAUGACAUUUUAAGCUCAUUGGGGGCUUGCAGGAAUUUGAUUGAAAAGAAUAAGUUAAAGCCAAUGCUUAUGGUUGCUCCAGAGGCUCUUGAAGACUUUCAAGGCUUGGCUUGCCAGCCCCACGAAACUCCAGACUCUGUUGUUAUAGGCUUGGCCCCUACAGAGUUUCACUAUGACAGACUAAAUGAGGCUUUUAGAUAUUUACAAAAUGGGGCUCAGCUAAUAGCAAUUCACGCUGGGAAAUAUUAUAAAGCCCCCGAUGGACUGUCAUUGGGUCCAGGUUGUUUUGUUAAAGGCCUGGAAUAUGCCGCUCAGUGUAGCGCAACUUUAGUUGGAAAACCCAAUAAAUUGUUUUUCCAGGCAGCUUUAGAUGAUAUUAGUCCUAGUCAAGCUGUCAUGAUAGGAGAUGAUGUUACCGAUGACGUCAAAGGAGCAAUAGAAGCAGGAUUAAAAGGUUACUUGGUCAAAACUGGGAAAUAUCGGGCAGGCGAUGAAAAUCUUAUAUCGCCCAUAAAGCCUACAGGGGUUUACCCAAGUUUUGUUGAAGCAGUAGAUGACAUUAUAGGCAAAUUAAAAUAACCUUGUACAUAAAUUACUUACCUACAAUAUAUGAAAAAUCCAAAAGUAUAUAUUGCACAUAUAAAAAUACUUACCCUUUUACAAUAAAAGAAAAAAAACCUACAAAAUAUAGAGAGCAAUAGGUAUAAUAAUAAUAUAAAUAUAAUAUAUAUAUAAAAAAAAAAUCCCUAACAAAUAACAAAAUACUGAUUAAUACUUUUACUUAUAGUAGGUCCGUCUGAAAAAAAUAAAACCAAAAUCUUCAAAUAUUCAAUAAUAAAUCAUUACAAAGUUUACAAGCAACCAAGCCCUUACCUUCUAGUCAAAGACAAUCCUGAGUUAAAUUUGGCACUUAUAUUUUCCUGAGAAGCAGAAUACCUUUUAAACGUCAAAGGUAUUUUGGAUUCUUUAUUAUUAUUAUUGCACUUUUGCUUAUCCAAACUUUGUUCAGAUUUGGAUUUUUCAUGGUAUGACAACCUGUUAACAACCGGAAUCUUACUACUACUACUCAUAUUCAGGCUCCUUCUUUUAACAACAUUUUGUUGUGUAUUAUUUUUAUUAGGCCUUAUUCUGGCCUUUAACUCGUCAGUCAUAUUUGUUUCCACAUUAACUUCAUCUGUAAUGCUAAUAUUGUCGAGCCAAGAAGUCAAAUGUUCAGCCGAAGUUAUCAGUUUGGAAACUUCCUUGGAAGUUUUCAAGGUUGGGGAUUUUGUUUUAGGACAAUUGAUUGGCAAAGAUACCCCGGCGUCAGUGUAAAAAUGGCGGUCCAAAAAUGGCAUCGGACUGCAAUAAUGGCGAAUAACAAAAAUUUAAAGCUUUUGCAAGCAAGUUUUUGGGUUUUGGUUUUAGUGGAAUAUUGGUGCUUACCUUGUGGUACCGUCCGCUAGGCGUUUGGUGGGGAUUUUGCCCGAGUUUUGUUUUGACGGUAUCAUUGCGGCCUUUUCUUCUACAAAAAAAAAAGUUUCAUUUGUCAAUUAGGAAAAACGUUCAACUUAUUGAAAAAUAGGUGGGCAACUGGAAAUUAUUGGUUCUGGAACGGUUCUCAUGUCUGUUGGAACAGAACUAAUGGUUAACGUUUGGUUAUAUUUGGACUAUAGCCUUAUAUAGGUUAUGUUCCGAUAUCAACUCUGUCAGUACUGAAUUUACUGAACGCCGUUCCGGUAAUAUUUUCAUUCGUAUAUCAUUUGUAUUCGUCAAUUUUGGGGUUGGCCCGGGUCAAAUCCCCAAAAUUUCAGAUCAAAAGCGUCGCCGAUCUAGAGAUUUUCCAACGGUAUCGAAAAAUUUCCCAGGCUCAAGUGCCCCCAGCUAUCAGACCAAUAAUACCCACCUCUACUACGUAAGUGGUCCACCAAAUUCACAAGCAAAUUGUUAUUAUUGCAAUAAAAUUAAUCUCAUGGAGUUUAGAACACUAUUGACGAAUACAAAUGCAAGAAUUGUUGAAAUAUUCUUUAGUUUUCAAGAAAGUGAAUGGAAUGGAAAGAGGUACCUGUUCAGAGUAGAAGCUUUUUGACGUAGUGGAGGUGCGGGUAUUGCUCUGAUAGCUGUGAGGUGGGUAUUGGUCAUAAACAGGUGCAUCAAUUUUAUUGCAAUAAUAAAUAUUUUGCUUGUGAAUCUGAUAGUCUGAUAGCUGGGGCCGCUUGAGCCUAGGAAG